ACAUCGCACAAGAAUUUCUUGAACAUAAUAGUAAACAAUCAUUAUAUUCUCACAUCACGAACGUAUUUUCCGCACGCGCAAUUAUAGAUUUAAAAAACUCGCAUUACACCGUUUCACAAGCAAAACACGCAACCAUUAGUCAUGCCAUCUAGCAGAAAUGGUCACUCGAAACAUUCCUUCAGUCGGCACCAGGUUUCGCCAAAUUUUGGACCGCAUGCGCGAGCAGAAGUGGAACGAGAUGUUGCCCAACAGUUUAUUAAAAAGUUCCGAUUUGUGCCUUUGGAAAAGGAUAUGCCCGCAUUGCCAGAGCUAGACAGUGUCUACACCAAUCCGGCCUACAGUGUCCAGUCGUUACAGGAAGUCAAAAAAGAUCUCAAUGCUGUCAAGAGUCGACUUAACGAUUUUGAAAUCAGCGACUGGCAUCAACAUACCCGGCGCCGAUCCUCAUUACUUCCGAUUUUACGAGAGCUGCGACGUCGUAUCGGCGGCGAGUUCGUAACGCAAGCCUUCGCAAAGUUGUACGAAUGUGUUGCUGAAUACAAACUGGUUCCCGAUGGAAAGCAGGAAUUCGUCAGCGUACACCUGUGUGAAGCUCCAGGAGCGUUCAUAACCGGGUUGAACCACUACCUAAAGCUUAAUCAUCAAGAAGUCAAAUGGCACUGGUUUGCCAACACGUUAAAUCCCUAUUAUGAGGGAAAUUGUUUGGGCAAUAUGAUUGCUGAUGACCGGUUUAUAUUUCAUACGUUGGACUCAUGGUGCUUCGGGGAGGAUUACACCGGGGAUAUAAUGCAACGUCACAAUCUGGAUGCCAUCGUUCGCAGAAGCAAGGAGUUUGACCAGGUGAACCUCGUAACAGCCGAUGGAUCCAUCGACUGCUUAGAUGUACCAGAAUUUCAAGAGGAGCAUGUUUCAAGAUUGCAUCUGGCCGAAGCUGUAACAGCACUGAAAGUACUCACCGAAGGCGGUUCGGUCAUAUUGAAAAUGUUCACCCUUUUCGAACACUGUAGCGUUAAUCUGCUCUACCUGUUGUACGUUUCCUUCGCGGAGCUAAAUGUGUUCAAACCAUGCACUUCUAAACCAGGCAACUCGGAAGUGUAUGUCAUUGGCAAGGGCUUUCGCAGGCCUACGAACCUCGAUGAAUAUUUGAAUAAAAUAUUUGAUAAUCUACAUUCAGAUAAAGCCAUGUUCGAUGUUAAGCAGAUUCCCACCGGUUUCAUCGAUCAAGUUCGAGAGUGCGCAUAUACAUUCAUGUUAUUUCAGCAAGAUGUGAUCGAACAUAACAUACAUUUUUACCAACGAGAAGAUACCUUUGAAGACAAACGAGUGGCAUGGUCAAACGAAAAACUAUGCGAAAAAUUCUUUGAAACAUACAAAAUCGGACGAAUUCGACCAACGGAUGCAAUAUUAUACGGCGUGGAUGUAGCGAAUGGAAUGAUCAAUAUUAAUCCCAGAGAUAACAGCGGAACCUAUAACGAACGAACUAUGAUGAAUUCACUUAGCGGAGAACAGAGGCUGCAAAUGUUGAAAGACAAGCUGAACGAUCUCAUACGCGCCAAAACAUCUGUAAUGCCACGGUCAAGGUUUUGUGAUCGUCCUCUGAAAGAAGUGAAAUCUUGUAUCGAAACAAUUAAUUUUAGUACUGGCAAACCGAUCCAAAAGUUAUUAAGUAGCAAGUUUGUCGUGAUAACUCUCGUUCGCUUUCUAACAGAAGUCAUCGAAUUUACGACUGAAGAAGUACAUCCGCAGAAAGAACUUGACACACUGUUCACCUUAGACCGCUCGACGUACACCAUUACCAUCGACAUGAGAGCUUAUGCCGCUCUGACUGGCUUUGAUAGCUACGAAAAGGAACUUUUCAGACACAUAUUAAACUGCGUCACUGAGCUACCUCUAGAAGAAAGUGUCGAUUACCUAAUCAUAGAAAACUGGCUCUUGCUGACACAGUUCAGCGUUGGUCUUGUGUUUUUCUUGAAAAAUUUUGUAUUCGAUUGCGUCGAAUCGAUACCACCUAACAAGAUAAAGUUUUCCCGGCUCAUGGUUGACGGAAUCGCAAACUUGCAGUACUUGAACGAGGCACUGCAGUCUGAGCUAAACCAUUGUGCACCGUUGAAAACGGUACUCGGACUCGUCCCCAUUCAGUUACUGUUUGACGGAGGUUUCUACUAUGCUGUCAUCAACUACAACAACAGUUUAUGUUUGGAGUACUGCUCGCGGUUACUAGGAAAAUAAGCGGGCCAGCAAUGGAUAUUUAUACUUUUUUAAUAUUCUAAGACUAUAAACAGUGUUGGAAUGAAGCGCUAAUCAGGAACUCAAAAAAUGAAUUUAAAUUGAAUUGAGUGAAUUAUGAUUCAGUAAGGGGACCAAAUGUUAUGCCAAAUGGUGCAUAUAAGCAGUUGAGUUGAAAACUAUUGACUGUAAUAAUGAAGAUAAUGUAUAUUUUUCGAAACAUACCGAAAAAUCUCUGCACGUCCUAAAAUUAAUAAAUCAACAAUCCA